AUGUCACAACUUCCAUCUAUCCGCUGGGGAAUCCUGACGACCGGCAAGAUCGCCUCCUGGUACGUCUCCGACCUGGUCUUGUCUCGCCCCGACGCAAAAGUCCGCCAUAUUGUCCACGCAAUCGGAACCUCAGACGUGAAUAGAGGGAAAUCGUUCGCUCAGAAAUACUGCCCUGACGAGAACCCCAAAAUCUACGGUCGCUACGAGGACGUCUACGCCGACCCAGACGUCGAUAUCGUCUACAUCGGCACACCGCACGCCUUUCACAAGAAGAAUUGCCUCGACGCGAUCGCAGCGGGGAAACAUGUUCUUUGCGAGAAACCCUUCACCCUGAACGCCCGCGAGGCAAGGGAGGUGUUUGACGCAGCCCGACAGAAGGGCGUGUUCAUUGCUGAGGCGAUGUGGCUCCGCCAUCGCCCGUUAACCCAUGAGCUUCAGCGCCUCCUGCACGAGGAAAAAGCAAUCGGUGAUAUCUUCCGCGCGACAUCCUCGUUCGGGGGGUACAUGGAUGUCCCGAACCUGCCGCUGGACAAGUACUACCGCCAGAAUGCGAUGGGCGCGGGCUCGCUGCUGGAUAUGGGAGUUUACUCCUUGACCUGGGCAAUGCUGAGUCUGGAUCCUGAACUGACGCCAGACCGUGCUAAGCCGAAGAUCCUUGCCGCGCAGACUCAUUGGGAGGAUAUUGAGAUUAACACCAGUGCGAUUCUCCAGUACCCGUCCACCGGCCGGCAGGGUAUCGUCACCUCCACAACGCUGGAAAACGGUAACCCAGACCUGCUUGCUCGGAUUCAGGGAACGGCUGGGUCUGUUGAAGUGCACGGUGAAUGUCCCUCGCUUCCUCUGGCUUUCACUGUCUACCCACCGUUUGGGGGAGAGUCGGGUGCAAACGUGGCUCGCGGCCAGGGCAAGACGUACAACUUCCAGCAUCCCGGCCGCGGAUUCCAGUACCAGGCUGAUAAUAUCGCUUUGGAUGUUUUGAAUGGGCGAUUGGAGAGCGCUAUUAUUCCUCAUUCUGAGACUAUCCGGGUGAUGGAGAUUAUGGACGAGAUCCGGCGGCAGGGAGGGACGAGGUAUCCUGUCGAUUAG